AUCUUCGGCAUAAAUCGUUGAAUAUUCGCCGUAACCCAAGGUGGGCGCAUGGCCCUUCGUUCUCAACACCAAAUAUCUAGUACAUUAUAUAAUAAGAUCAUCUCCAGCUAAAUACAAGGACUUGCGUCGGUUCUUGAGCUCAAAAUUUGAACAUGGCUUCCUUUUCAUUUUCAUUUUUAUUUGUUGUUUUUUUGGGUUUGUCUUUGAAUGUUGCACUGUUCUGCAAUGGAGGUAAAACCAGUAGCUUCACUAGGAAAGUUGAGAAAACCAUCGAUAUGCCUCUUGAUAGCGAUGUUUUUCGUGUUCCUCCCGGUUAUAAUGCUCCUCAACAGGUUCAUAUAACACAAGGAGAUCUUGAUGGGAAGGCAAUGAUUGUGUCAUGGGUGACUGAGGAUGAACCAGGUUCUAGUAAAGUGCUUUAUUGGAGUGAAAAAAGCAAGCAUAAAAGGGAGGCUACAGGCAAACAUGUAACUUAUAAAUUUUACAAUUAUACCUCUGGCUAUAUUCAUCACUGCACCAUCAGAAAUUUGGAGUACAACACAAAGUAUUAUUAUGUAGUUGGGAUUGGUAAAACUACAAGGCAAUUCUGGUUUAUAACACCUCCUGCUGUUGGUCCUGAUGUGCCCUAUACAUUUGGUCUCAUAGGGGAUCUUGGUCAGAGUUAUGAUUCAAACAUAACACUUACUCACUACGAAAAGAACCCGCAAAAGGGACAGGCAGUAUUGUUUGUUGGAGAUCUCUCGUACGCAGAUAACUAUCCCAAUCACGACAACGUGAGAUGGGAUACAUGGGGAAGGUUUGCAGAGAGAAGUGUUGCUUAUCAACCUUGGAUAUGGACAGUUGGAAAUCAUGAGAUCGACUUUGCCCCCGAAAUUGGUGAGACUAAACCUUUUAAGCCUUUUACUCGUCGAUAUCGUGUCCCGUAUAAAGCAUCAGGCAGCACUGCUCCUUUUUGGUACUCGAUCAAGAGAGCUUCAGCAUAUAUUAUUGUCUUGUCUACAUAUUCAGCAUAUGGUAAAUACACUCCUCAAUAUAAAUGGAUAGAAGAAGAGUUCCCGAAAGUUAACAGGACCGAGACACCAUGGUUGAUCGUUCUUAUGCAUGCCCCAUGGUAUAACAGCUAUAACUAUCAUUACAUGGAAGGCGAGACCAUGAGAGUGAUGUACGAGCCAUGGUUUGUUCAGUACAAAGUUGAUGUCGUUUUUGCAGGGCAUGUGCACGCCUAUGAACGAUCUGAACGUAUAUCUAACGUCGCAUACAACAUUGUAAACGGGAAGUGCGAUCCAGUAGACGAUAAAUCUGCCCCAGUUUACAUUACCAUUGGCGAUGGCGGAAAUCUUGAAGGCUUGGCAACUAACAUGACAUAUCCGCAGCCAUCGUACUCAGCAUUUCGUGAGGCCAGUUUCGGACACGCCAUCUUCGAUAUAAAAAACCGGACGCACGCUUAUUACGCUUGGCACAGAAAUCAGGAUGGAUACGCUGUACAGGCAGAUAAAAUGUGGUUCAACAAUAGAUACUGGCAUCCAGUUGACGAUUCUACGAGCGCCGAAUCAUAGUGAAAAAACAGUUGUUUGUUUUUUCUUGAAUUUUACGGAAUAAAUUAGCCAUUGAUUAAAAAAAUUCCACUGUUUGGAUUCCAUGAUCAUUAAUUUGAUUCUUGGUUAUUUCUAUUGCUUUGUGGAGACAAAAGUCCCUUAAAAAUAAUCAGGAAAUGGCUGGAAUUGGCGGCAAAUUCCAAAGCGCUUUGAAUGUACCAUUGAUACAAUGCUUGAUGACUCGCAAUAAAUUAGAUUUAAUUUCAUCUAA